UUAAAAUGCAUUUCCAAUAUGAAGAAAAUGCAAAAAGGUCAUUAAUAUGCAGAGGAUGUGCAGGAAGAACGCUUGGAUAAGAUUCUAACAAAUGCUGUUGUCAAGAGAACAAAUUCGUGAAUGUUCUUAAAAACCAUUACGUGGAAGGAAACAAUAUAAACCAAUUGAGCGAGAUGCUAGAUUUAGCUUAAGGAACUGAAAAUUUUUGCGAGGAACAUGGCUAUCUCUAUGAAUUUAUUAUAACUAAGAACCCGCUGGAAAAUGGGUAGUCAAAAUUUGAUAAUCAAGAACUUUAUUGUAAAAUGUGUAUCGAAAAGAAUUAAGAGAAUUUACAUUGUUAUAAAAUUGAACUUCUGAAUGAUGAAUAUUUUAAAGUUAAAGAAUAAAAUAAAUAAACAUUGUAAUAAGUUUAGCAAUAGGAAGAUGGAUAACAAGAUAAAAAAGAGUUAUAAAACAAAAUUAAAGAAGUUUUUGAAAAAAUGAAAAUAGCACUUCAAAACGAUUAACUACUAGAAUAAAAAAAAAAUGUCGCUAAUAAAAGGAAAGAGAAAAUACAAGAAGCUGUAAAUAAAUAGGCGAAUCAAAAUUAGAUAAUCUAGAAUGAAGAUCAGGAGUAAAGAGACAAUAAAAUCUCAUAAUUGGAUAUGCGUAAUGUUUAUAAUUAUUUUAAGUGAAAAAAGCUUUAGACUUAAGAAUGAAAGCGAUUGCUUAUCUAGAUAAUGGAUAUCAUGACUACUUACACGAUGACUAUUUAGAGGGAGAAUCGACACGUAAAAAAAUAAUGGAAGAGGAAAAUCCAAUGAAGGUAGAUGAAUACGGGAAUUAUCAACAAAAAGAAUUUGAACCUAAUAAGUUUUAUGGAUAUCCAAUAAUAGAGGCCUUUAAAUAUUUUGAUGACAUUUAAUUUAUUUGAGGA